UCUUACAAUAUUCAAAACCCUUUCCUGCACUCUUCUAGAUUUCUCUCUUCCCUUGAAAGCUUCAUCAUCUUUCUUCUUUCAGCAACCUUAAACUGGGUUUUUCGCUUGUGUUGCACCUCUUGUUUCCAACUCACAAACUGAGUCAUUAUAAACUGCAUGGACAUUAAUCUUAGUAACUUCUUAACCUCUUAGUAAUCAAGAAUUAUGUUUCCUUUAUCAAUUGCCAGUCAAAGUCCAGUUACCAAGUUGUCUCCAGAUAACCCAAAAAUAAAAAUAUUCUCUUCUAACAAGUUAUCUCUCUUGAAACCAGUUCCAUGCUCUUUUCACAAGAAGAACCCCAACACCAUUAACAACCCUUCAAAGCCCAAGUCUUAUCCUUUUAGCUCUAUUUUAAUAGCCCCAGAUCAAGUUUCUCCUAAGAAAGGUAAGGUAAGCAGGGGAUACGAGGAAAAGAGAGGUUUUGGCCAUUUGGGUAGCCAACAGAUGCUGGCUUUGUGUGGGUUAGGGUAUUGGAUGCAGGGUUUUAGGUGCUUUCCUUGGCUUGCUCUCAACUUCCAUAUGGCUCACAAUCUCAACUUGCAUUCAUCAACGUUGCAGCUUUUGCAAAACUCUGGUAACUUUCCCAUGGUGGCUAAGCCUCUUUAUGGAAUCCUCUCUGAUGCUCUUUACACUGGAGGUGCCCGUAGAAUACCUUAUAUUCUAGUGGGAGUCUUUUUGCAGGUGCUAGCUUGGGGGCUACUAGCAUUGAUCCCAGUUGCACGGGAAGCCCUUGGAAUCCUUAUGGCAUGCAUUCUUAUCAGUAAUCUUGGCGCUUCUAUCACAGAAAUAGCAAAGGAUGCCCUCGUUGCAGAAUACGGCAAAAAAAAGAGACUUGGGGGCCUCCAGUCUUAUGCAUUUAUGGCGUUAGCUGUUGGUGGAAUCCUAGGCAACUUGCUAGGUGGUUGUUUCUUACAGAAAACACCACCCAAGACCAUGUUCCUUGUAUUUUCAGUUCUGCUAUCUCUUCAACUGGCAUUUUCAUCAACAGUGAGAGAGAAAUCUCUUGGUUUAUCAGAACCAUCCGAUCACAACCUUGUGAAGAAAUCAAUUUGGGAGAAUAUUAGGAAGCAGAUAAGUGAUCUUAAAACUGCAUUAAACGAUGACAACAUCUCCUGCCCUCUCACUUGGAUUGUAGCUUCUAUUGCCACGGUCCCGGUUCUCUCAGGUUCCAUCUUUUGCUAUCAAACUCAGUGUCUACAUCUUGAUCCUUCAAUUAUUGGAAUGUCACGCGUAGUUGGUCAGUUAAUACUUCUUUCCACGACUAUAAUCUAUGACCGCUUUUGGAAAGAAGUGCCUAUGAGGAAAUUAGUUGGUGCAGUCCAGUUUUUAUAUGCCUGUUCUCUUCUUCUGGACCUUGUUCUAGCGAGACAGAUCAAUCUUAAAUUGGGAAUUCCCAAUGAGGUGUUUGCCUGUUGUUUUUCGGGUUUAGCAGAAACACUUGCACAAUUUAAGCUCCUUCCUUUUUCAAUGCUAUUGGCUAGUUUAUGUCCACAGGGUUGUGAAGGAUCUCUUACCUCUUUCUUGGCAUCAUCGUUGUGUUUAUCAUCAAUUGUUAGUGGGUUCUUGGGCGUUGGGUUAGCUUCUCUGAUUGGAAUAACAUCUGGUAAUUACUCAAGCCUGCCAGUGGGAAUUUUGAUACAGUUCCUUGCAGCAUUAUUGCCUUUAGGAUGGAUUCAUCGUUUAUCCAUGUCCAAACCCAUUGUUGAGAAGGAAAGAAGGCGAGGUAUGAGUAAAAGAACACGAAAAAAUAGAAGGGUUGGAAGAGUGGUGUUCGGCUCUAUUUAUGUUUACCACCGUGAAAGAGAAUCUGAUUCUGAUUCACAGAGAUAAACAAGCUAGAAGGACGAUAACAUUUUGCUGGACAAUGAGUGGUAGGAGAUUGGAGCAUUAGAAUUGUCUUCACACUGCCGAAUCGUUGAAUCAUAUGGGAAUGUGAUGCACUGUUUGCUAUCAGUUCUACCGAGCCUAUCUCAGCUGCGCUAAGAUUGGAAUGACCCUUCAAUUAGUACAAAUCCUCUGGCAAAGAUGAUCAAUUUGUGUUAACUGGAUUAUUGUUUCACAAAUGUGCACACAUACAUCAGCUCAGCCGCUCCAUUCAAGCAUUCUUGAUCAUUGAAUUUUGUUAUUGGAUCCCAAGACUUGCUUCUGAUAUUUCUUAAAGUGAGUAGUUUAAUUUCCAGAGGAUCAUAUCUGCUGCGCAUCAAGUUCAUCUGGCAACUUGAGGGAUGGUGAACAAGGAGGAAGGCAUGUGGAUGAUGCAUUCGGCUGAGCCAUUUUAAUCAUGGAAGGCCUAUAUACCCAAUGGUUAACUUUUUGGUAGUAAUUCCUCCAUGUUUGACUGUGGUACUCUUCUUCCUAAGCUGUAACAGGCCAUUUCUUUACCAAAAUAAACGCAUCAGAGCAUCUUUAGGGAGUUCCUCGUUGUAUGAACGAGAAUUCUGUACAUGGUUUACAUUACAUGAAAGAGAAACUGACAAAUUUUCAUUCAAACCCUAUUAUUUGCUUGCUUGUCCCCAAUUGUCUUCCAUCAAUUUUGUGGUGUUUGUAUCGUUGCCGAUGGAUAGAUAGCUAGAUAACAUGCCUUUGGACAAGAAUUGACACAAAAAAUUGUUCUUGCGGCUUCAUGAAUGAGAGUACAUUAUGGCUUCCAGUUGCACUCUACUGUGUCUUGUAUUAUGUACUUCUGAGUGGAAAUAGGCUCAGCUUCUGCCAUAAUACUAGAGCCAUUUUGUCAUGGACAAUAUCCUGCAAUUUGUUUUUAACAGGAACUGACCAAUAUAUGAGCCUACCGGUGAGAACAUUUCCACAUCCACGAUGAACAGCUCAAACUUAAGUAGAUGGAAGUCUUUCUGCAUGUGAAAGAAACUCGAGAGUCAAGAUAGGAAGCUACCUGG